AUGUCAUCUCCUUCGCAGAAUAGAGGAAUGGUACCGCCGCCUGGCACAUGGUCAUCUUCAUCUUCGACAUCGAACAGUAUCAGACACCUGGAUGGUGGAUCGGGGACAACUAGGAGGUCAAUAGAUACUCAGCAUAAUCCUCCCGAAGCAUCUUCAUCUUCUAGACGGACGUCGAUGACCUCGAUCCACAAUUCACCUACUUCCAUCUCAUCUUCUUCAAAGCAUCAUAUCGUUGGAAAUAGACAUAACAACAACGAACAUGAAAACGGUAAUGGAGACAGAAGAUUACCUAGGAUAACAACAUCAAAUACGGAUAAUGAAGAUGAAGUAGGCCAAGGACAUGGUCAAGGACCAAGAUCAGCACCUAUAACUGGUUCUUCAGGACCUUUAAGACCUUUUACAAAUGGUGUUAAUACCAAUAAUUUGAAUGGACCGUUAAGAUCAAGCUCAUCGCCUGAUCCAUGGACAACUACCCAUUCGUAUUCACAGAGAAGUUCACCAUCAAAUUCACCAAUAGACCAUCGUCCGAAUUUCGCUGGUUCAGGUUCAUCACCUAACAAUCGUGUCGGAUCACCUCAACCUCCAAAUUUAGGUCCGCCUUUUCCACAUGGAUCGAAUCAUAGGAGUCUCAACGCCAACCCGAGUAAUAGACCGGAACCAUCACGUAUAGCUUCAGAGAGAGAUAGGUCAAGAGAUCGUGAUAGAGAAAGGACAAUUACACCUCAACAAUCAUCGCAUUCCUUAUCUACCGAUAGUCAUAGUCAUUAUACUGGACCCUCGUCAUCCUCUGCAGCCGACCAAUCCCAGGCUCAACCUUCGUUGGUGUGGCCUCAACCGAGGACGAGGAGGGAAGGUGGUGGGAAUACUUUUUGUGGUCAGUGCGGUCAGACGGUGCACGGUCAAUUUGUGAGAGCAAUGGGCAAAGUGUAUCAUCUGAAUUGUUUCAGAUGUAAGGACUGUAAUAAAGUUGUAGCACAGAAGUUCUUCCCUGUAGAGGAUGGAGAUGGGAUGUACCCAUUAUGUGAAAGGGAUUAUUUCGCUAGGUUGGAUCUGAUCUGUGCCAAAUGUGAUCAAGCACUUAGAGCGAGUUAUAUAACUGCUUGUGGCAACAAAUAUCAUGUGGAGCAUUUCACUUGUUCAGAGUGUGAUGUGCUGUUCGGACCGAAUGAUUCGUAUUAUGAGCAUGGAGGGAAAGUUUACUGUCAUUAUCACUAUUCAACACAAUUCGCUGUAAAGUGUGUAGGUUGUGAGACAGCCAUACUGAAGCAGUUCGUCGAGAUGAAUAGGAAUGGUAGGGAUGAAUGUUGGCAUCCUGAAUGUUAUAUGAUUUCGAAGUUCUGGAACGUGCGGCUCGCAUCCAAAACAUUCAAUACACCCGCCUCAUCCGCUACCAUCCAGCCUCCAACGCCAAGUCCAAAUAGCGAAGCGGGAAUGACACCCGGUGAACUGAAAGAUAGACAGGAAGCGAUGGAGAUGAAAGUGCAGCAGAUAUGGCAUGUCUUAUCUGGAUAUGAAGAAUCUUCGGCUGCCCUAAUAGGAGACAUGUUAAGAGCAGUGAAUGAAAGGCGAUUAUUGGAUAUCAUUCUAUUGGCGGAACGGUUCAUACUGCAUGUGGAAACGCUCUUUGCAGUAAUUGAUGAUCUGGAAGCUCAAUUCGCGCAGUCGGGUGCAAAAGGCAUGGCGCACGCUCGAGAGGCGAAACAGCUUUGUCGGAAGCUUGUCAACCUAUUCUCAACGAUGUCACAGAUAUCGCCAUCAGGAGGGCAAGCACCAAACAACUCCGAACUGUUCACCUUGAUCACUCAACUUGCUCAUUAUCUCAAGAUCUUGAUACGGAUAGCUCUAACGGGAUCGAUAAAAUUGGAAAGGGAUCAUUUCAAUACUACCGCCAUGACCAACUGUUUAGCUAGGCUAAAUCUUCUCGCAAUGGAUAAUGGUGAUCCGACGGUUAAGAAGAGAGGAGAUUUUCCGGAUCACACACCUACACCUAGACCUUCAAUCAAAGCGGAUGAAACGCAAGGUGGAACGGCUGCUUCAGCGGGUGAUGAAGAGCAGCUCAAGCGGAGUAUAGAAGCUUUGACUAGACAUCCUAAUGGGUAUAUAAGUAGUACCAAGGAUAUCGCCUAUGGGUAUCGGAGUCUGGCGCCUGAAGUCACUGGUGAAACUACAUUACGUGGACCUCAAUCUGAAGAUUUCAUACCGCCUGAAGGGUGUGCCAACUGCAAGACAGCGAUUGAGGAGGAUUGUGUACGUUCGGGGAUGUUUAAUAGAUGGCAUUCAGCUUGUGUCAUCUGUUUGGUAUGCGGUGAAACUUCUUUACAACCUCUACCUAAAGAUGAUACCACGACAGAUGAUGGAUCAUCACAUUCACAUACCGACGUAAUACCCACCAAUACCAACAAUAACCAUAAACCCACUUCUCAACAGAAACGAUUACCUGCCCGAGCGGAUUUCUUCUAUUUCGAGGCUAUAACCAGAAUCGAGGAAGUGCCCUCAUCGAUAUAUUGUGGAUCCCACAAGACCAAUAGCUGCGUACAAGGAUUCAACGCCGUUUCGAGAUUAGAGCAAUAUGCUUUCUUAUUGCAUAUUGCGUUGAGAAGGUUAUACGUGCAUUUCAGGAUACAUCAUGAUUUACCAAGUGUGCGAGACCACGGUAUAUCAGAUCGUUCAGAACACGAAGUGAAACGAAUGAAGUCCGUCACACUAGAUAGGAAAUUAUCAUCUACCGCUAGAUUACCUCAACGGUCGAUGGUCGUAGAGUCACCAGCUGGAAGAAUGGCGGAUGCAAAUGGUCAAGUGGUGUCAGCUCGAGCCGAGACUUCUCAACAACAAUCCCUUACCGCUUCUACGUCUAAUCUGACAAUCACCGGGUCCAAUUCCAACAUUGGUGGACCGGAGAUAGUUGCGAUAACAAGUGAAGGAGAACCAAUCGAUCCUGAUGAUCCGCCCUCGUCAGCUACUGUCGAUGUCCUCCGACCUCCAUUCGCAAGGAACAACACUUCAGUCAUGAUCAUCAAUGAAAAUAAUGACUUGGAUCCUACUGGCUCCAAUCUAGAGGCUGAUAAUUUGACUAUGCCAAACAUCGGACCUGAAGAUGAUGCGAUUACAUUAGGUGAUAUACCGAUGUUGGCGAAUGUCACUUCCAGAGCUUCAUCCAAUAAUAUCAAUAACGAAAGGCAUCUACCGCUUUUAUCGACUCUGAACCCACUUCAAUCCGUCAUAUUGAAACAUUUCGCUUUGCUACAGUUGAGUAAAUCCGGCUUGGGCCAUCUGAUAGAUCUGGAUGAUAUACUGGAAUUGUUGGAGGUGAGGAAGAAUCAGUGGUGGAAUAAGAUUUUCAAAGGUACAGCAAAAGAGAAACAGAAGAAGAAAGGUAUUUUCGGUGUACCAAUUGAGAUUCUCGUGGAACGGACUGGAUCAGAUUCGUCCCUUGGUGCUUCGAAUGCUCAGUUGAGAGUGCCUGAAUUUAUCGAAGAUAUAGUAUCCACCAUGAGACAAAUGGAUAUGGCCGUCGAAGGUAUAUUCCGUAAAAACGGUAACAUCCGAAAACUUCAGCAACUUUGUGAUGCUCUGGACAAAGAUUCGACUCAGGUCAAUUUAUCCGACGAAAAUGCCAUUCAAUUAGCUGCGUUGUUGAAGAGGUUCUUGAGGGAGAUGCCAGAUCCUCUCCUGACUUUCAGAUUGCACAAGUUGUUCUGUGCUGCUGCUUCGCUUCAAAACCCCGAUGAUCGUAAACGAGUUCUUCACCUACUUGUCUGUCUACUCCCACGGUACAACAGAGAUACGAUGGAAGUCCUGUUCGUCUUCUUACGAUGGGUGGCUUCCUUCUCUUACAAAGACGAGGAGACGGGUUCUCGAAUGGAUCUAGGGAACUUGGCAACCGUCAUCUGUCCUUCAAUUUUAUAUGCCAAAGGAGCUAAUGCGGCUAAAGAUGAGAGUUUCAUUGGAAUCCAGGCUGUUCAACAACUAUUGGAAAAUCAAGAUGAAUUUUAUCAUGUUCCUGCAGAAUUGGUAUUCGUCAUUCAAGAGAAUAUAUAUUCGAUAUUCGCGAAAGAAUUGGAUUUACCGCCCAAAGAGAUUCAUCGACAUUGUUCGAAAUACAUGCAAGCUAGAGGACAAGCUUUAUCUUCGGGUCUUCAACCUCCUCAACCUCAAUAUACAUCUAUAUCAAGUAAUCCUAAAUAUAGUCCUGUCGGUGGCAACACUCUACUACCUAGUUCGAAUUCCCAAAACACGAUACAACAAAGUCAACAAGGGCAACAGCAGCAUCAGGGGCUUAGAGAGAGACCAUCUGAUCCUAGAUUAUCUACUCGAGGGGAAAUGAUACCUUCCAAUUCUGAUCCUUCUCAGAUGAACAGUACGUACCGACCUGGAAGUAGACCGACAUCAUGGAUCCAAAACACAAGGGGAAAUUCACAAUCGUCUUUGUCAUCUCCAUCGAACCAACAACCUAACCCUACCGGAGGGAACUGGGAAAGAGAUAGGAGACCCCCUCAAGCUCCUUUCCAACAGAAUGGAUCUAGACAAUCUUCCUCCCGUGGCAGUGCGCCGUCCAGUCCCGGUCCUGGAGAAGAGGGUAGGAGAAGUAUAAACAUGGAUAGAGAGAGGAGUUGGACACCUACCAAUGGGUUGGAGUAUCAACAGCAACAACAGGGACAACAUCCUUUUGCUCAACAGCAACGAUAG